AAUUCUAGUACAAAAGGGAGUGUCAAAAUUGGUAUAAUUCCACCUUCCCCUCGUUCAGCCCUUCUUACUUUUCCUUAUCUUCCUUCGCAAGACCACCAUCCUGAUACAUCUCAACAUCGACGUGCACGCUCGCAGGACAGGAUGGUCCCAGACAGACAUGCUGUAUCGUUCGCUGCUCGUCCCAUGGCAAGCGACUCUUCUUUGUCUACGGAUGACAUGCUUCCAACUCCAACCCCCUCUCGUUCUCGUCCUGAAGAAUGGAAGACCAGUGCUGACAGCUCACCCAAAUCCUCUCGCCAGCUCACACCUGCGUCAUCCACUGGGAACCUGAAAGCCUUUGUAGACAAGCGUAGCAGCACUCACCCUUCAAACACUCACAAGGUGGUCGAUAGAAUUCCCUCAAAGAAGUCACUUCGCAGUAGAACACAGCCCCCAGCUCCGCUCGAUUUCGAUCAGAGUAAUACUCGUUCCGAUACGCACCGCCGAACUAGUCGCCACGAACACAAUGCCGUCAUAAUUGAAAAUGGCCUCGUGGACUCACCCACCACAAUAAGCAAUGCCCCCAAAAGCUCCCAUCAUCAACAGGAGCUUUUACCUGUCCUCACCGACACAGACGCAAGAUCCAUCCGCUCCGUAAACAGCUCAACCUCGAAGACAACAGGUUGGCGUCGUCCUUCACUCACUACUCCCAAUCGCAGACAACCUGGCGUUGCUUCUUCUAUGGUCGCUUCCAUGACAAAUACUGGUUCCCAAAUGUCCCCUGUUCUUCCGGUUUCCAAUUCGGCAGCAAAAAAAGUCACCAACGGAACAGUCAGGUCAAAUGCCUCUGCUCGUUCUGCAGUGGGGCACACUGCUUCCGCUUCCGUGACGUCUGUGCCUAAUUCUACCGAUGUCAACGCUCGCACAAGACGUGCCUUGUCUGGUCGAGAUGACUUUUCAGACGGUCAGCCAGACUCGUUUACUUCUAGCGGAGAGAGCGAGGCGUCGGACGACGAACUUGAUAUUAAUGAAGACAUUCCCGUCACGGGUUUUGCCGUUGCAAGCAGCAAGCGUAAUGCAGACUUCCACGAGUUGUUCCCUAGUAUCCCCGAAGGCGAUUAUCUUAUUGAAGAUUACGGGUGCGCAUUACAGCGUGAGAUUCUAAUCCAAGGCCGGAUAUACAUCUCAGAGAACCACAUAUGUUUCCAUGCGAACAUUUUCGGGUGGAUCACUGACCUGUCAAUCCCAAUAUACGAAAUAACCGCUCUUGAGAAGAAGAUGACGGCAUUCGUCAUUCCCAACGCCAUCCAAAUAACUACCCGACAGGCAAAAUACACCUUCGCCUCGUUCCUCUCCCGCGAUACGACGUAUGACGUCAUUGCCAAUAUCUGGCGACUUGCCCGUCCUGAUGAUACUCUAAGCCAAACCGGCUCAUCCGCCAACAUCAUCACGCCCGCAAGUACCUCUGAUGUUUCAGGUCCCCUGGUCACUAGCGGAGGCAAAGAAGCAGCUCCUGUGACUCGCAUUAGCAAAGUCACGCACUGCGCAUGCUCGAAAAAUGGACAGCAUCUUAAUGAGAUUGCCCUCGAGACUGUGUUACCUGGAACACCGGACAAGAUUUAUAACCUCAUGUUUGCGAGUGGGUUUAUCAAGGAUUUUAUGCGAGUGGAUCAGAAGCUCAUGGAUGUGCAGAUAUCAGAUUGGUCUCCCAUAGGCGACAACUCGAAGCUUUUGGCACGGAAUAUGUCGUAUAUCAAGCCUUUGAACAAUAGCGUAGGCCCGAAGCAAACAAAGUGCGAGAUCCACGAUGAAACCAUGACCUACGACUUUGAUGACCACGUCGUGAUGUUGACGACGACGAAGACGCCCGAUGUUCCUAGCGGAGGUGUGUUCUCCGUCAAGACGAAGACAUGCUUGAUGUGGGCAAGUGCUAUUUCCACACGGGUGGUCGUCACCACGCAGGUAGAUUGGACUGGGAGAAGUUUCAUCAAAGGUCUGAUCGAAAAAUCAGCAAUAGACGGUCAAAAAGUGUACCACUCCGACCUCGACAAAGCCAUGCGGAUGUACAUCCAAGAACACCAAUCCGAAUUCAUCCCAGCAGGCGUUGAUCCAACAGCCGUAGCACCCGUCGAGCCUAUCAGCCCCGUCAUCGAACACCACGACCUCAAUCUCCUGAGUCGCUCCAUGGGCAUAUCAGACGCAGAAGCCCGUAAAGCACGCGAACACGAACGUAACAGACGUGGGCUCCAAUGGGCGUAUGAGACAUUUGACGGUGCCUAUGGCGUUGCGAAGCGCUCUACGUUUGGAGCGCUGGAACUUGUCAAGGAAGCUUGGGAACAGAGCUCGUCGAUGACGAUUUUAUAUUUCGUCAUCGUCAUUCUUGUGUUCAGUAACCUGUGGACGUUGAUGCUUGUGGGGCAAAGGGAGGAGGCAGGGAGGAGGAAGGAGGCGAGGAGGACUGAGGAGAGGGAGAAGUGGGUGCAGGAUGUUGUCACUGGGCUUUGGGAGGAGAUGGCUGUUGGGAGG